UUGUUCUGUCUGAAGCCAAUGAUCAAUUUAAAUUCCUCAGACUUAAUCCAGUGCUGCUUUGUCACUUUCACAAGUAAACUAGUCCUAACUGGAGUAUACCAGUCCUAACUGGAGCUUGCUUCUUGCCAUGUGGCAUAUCAACACCAAUCUUGGAACUUUAAACUAAUCAUAUACUACUUGUGACCAAAUAAGAAAUUGUAACAGAUAGCAGACAUCCUUCAAAUCUAACAACCAUCUCUUUAAGUUUGGUCAUCAAUGGGGUGAAGUGUUACUUGGUGCUUAGUUUUACAUUAUGUUGUGUACACAAAUCCACAGCCUAUUUCACUUUAAUGUUUUUAUGAAUGAAACGGUUGUAGAAUAGUUUUGCAUAAAUUAUUCCUUGUUUACCCUUUAGACAUACAUUUAAGUUUUUUGACUCAAUUUUCCUGUUGAAAAUGUCUGAAAAAUAAUACGAAUCAAGAACCAAGUUUUUUAAAGAAACGUACAGUAUGUUAUGUAAGAAUGGGAAAGGUGAACUCUGAGCAGGAAAUGUAGUUUGACCUUGAGUGGAUUAGGUCAAGUCUUGUAUCUUCAAUGGGCUGAUUGUGGCUGCUAUGGUCUCUAAAACGUUAUAUUCAAAUUGAGAACACCCAAAACUCCAUUUUACAAACUCCAUUGUCACAAUCAUAUACAUGUAAGGCAAUGGUCAUUGUGUGCAUCAAAAGAGUUGCUUGCUAAAAUGGCAUCCAGUGCACAUUUCAGGCCAAUCUUGCACCCUUGGUACUAGUCUUUGAUACUGGCCACCUGAGGAAUGUGAACCUGUGGUUGCAUGCCAGAGUGUCACUCCACCUUGUUCUACCAAGCUCCUCCCAUACAAUCUUUAAGUUGUGUUUGCCAUGAUUCUGAAUCAAAUAGAAUGGUUCAUGAAUAAACCCAUUGACCAUGGUGGAUGAGAAAUCAAGUCAUUUGGCUGACUUCAACUGCUUUGGCAUUCUUGUUCUUUCUUGUCAACAAUUCACAUUCAAUUGUAUGUUUAGUUGUCUUUGUUUUGAUGCAGAUGAGAGCACAAUGGCAGGAAUUCUAUCACACAAGGUUGGAAUAGCAGAUAGUUAGUGAUGGUAGAAUAGGACUGGCUGCAGUAUAUGUUUGCUUGUAUGUAUGCAUCAAGGCAACAACACUGUCACAGUUAUCCUGCAGCAUCAGUCUACUUGACAGCUUGCUCUGUGGUACGUGGGAUCUUAUCAAGAUAUGGCAAGUAACUGCAGGAUGGAGUCAGCCAUGCUUUUACUGAUCUUCAUUCUUGUAAGCUUCGACUCCUGUCAGUCAACCUCAUACAACACGGAUGCAAGUCAAGACGUGAAUUAUUUAAAGAGCUACUUGGAUAAAAGGUUAGAUAGCUUCCGGGUGGACAUCCAUCGCUCAUUCCAGAAACAACAUCGUAGGAAUCGCAGGGAAGUAGACGAUGAAACGGACUUGUCUAUAAAUCUGGAGGGAAUAUCACCACUGCUUGCAAACAACAUUACUGUGCUGGAGUAUUUUUUUGUGAACAACAAUAACUACAUGAUAGUUGGUAGACAGCAGUCAGCGGAUGGCUCUCAUCGAAGCACUGCCAAUAUAUAUCUAUUUGAUCAGGGAAGGAAGAUCUUCAAUAAAACUGAUAUUGAAUUUCCAACAGAUGGAGUAUCAGAUAUUGAAGCUUUUCAGGUUGGUGGUCACACGUACAUUGCUGUAGCCAAUCAUGUAUCGGAUACUGGUACAUAUAAUUGUAUCUCCUACAUUUACCGGUUUGAUGCAUCAGCAGUGGACAGUAUAUCUGAGGUGCAGCAGAUUUUAACUUACGGAGCCGCUGAUUUAACAUUCUUUGAAUUUGAAGGAGAUGGUUACCUCGUGUUGGCCAACAUGCAGGCAGAUGGUUAUGCACAGUACCGCUCAAUGAUGUAUGUUUAUGCAUUUAGUGGUGCUCAUUUUGACCAAGUGACGUCAGUGGAGACUUAUGGUGCAUCAGCCAUUGCAGUCGUAGAGAUAGAAUGGGAAUCCUACAUCAUUGUGGCUCAGUCAACAGAUAAUGGAGGCAACCUUGAUAUUGGCACCAUCGUCUACAACUUUGAUCCUCACACGGAUUCACUUAUCAAAGUUCAAAGAUUAGAAAGCAGCGCACCAAAGGACCUGCUGAGCUUCUACUUGAAUUAUAACCAUUACUUGGCUGUAGCAAACUACCAACAAGCAGGAGAAGAUGGAGUACUAGAUACCAACACAGACUCAAUCAUAUACUGGUGGACAGGUCUUCAGUACAUUGAGUAUCAGCGUAUUCUAACUCAAGGUGCUUCUCAAUGGCAAGAUAUUGAGCUUCCAAAUGGGGACAUUCUGCUUGUGCUGUCCAGCUUACAGGAUGUGAUCAUUUAUGAGCUGAAUGAAGAUGGUGAUUGGGUGCCUGCUAUUGAACAAUUAACCAGUGUCUCUGGUAAUGAAGGACUCUUAUUCACUCAAGGGGCCACCUUGCAGACAGUAGACACCCAGGAUGAAUUGUUGCUGAUUGUCACUGAUAAGCAAAUGGCAACCAACUAUUAUCAAAAUGGAGUCACAAAUGUCUUUGAACUAUCUUUAAACUCUGUCAAUCAGACUGAUGUUACAGUGGAUGCUAUUCCAAAGUGUAUUCAAGACGUUGAAUCAUCGGUCAGCACAUUGACUGCUUCUCUUGAAGGACUGACCAUAAAACUGCAUGACAGUCUAAAACUGACUGGUGACCAGGAGGUUCUUGGUCCAAUUGUCUUUACAGCCACUGUUGUGACAGAAGAGAUAUUGAAGGUUUCAAAUCUGACCGUUCAAGAUGAGUAUUCCUUCACUAUAGAUGAAGCCAUCAUUGCUACAGGUAUAAGCAUUGACAACAGAUUAGCAGAGAUUCUUUCUCUUAAGGAUGACGUCGUUACUAUCAACGGAGUGGAAGCUAUUAAUUCCUCACUGGUGUUCAAGUACCCUGUGACGUCAGUGGAUACCAAUGUAGACCUUACAUACAGUCAAGAUGGCUUACUCAAUGACAUUGAUGUACAGACUCUGAAUGCAUCACUAGUUUGGCUUAAUGGAGGAGAUCAGAUACUGGAUACUGAUGUAACAUUUACAGAUGAUGUACGUAUCAUGAAUGCACACCUUAAUGUCCAAGGAGAUGUCAAUCAAAUAGCCAUCCCAGGAAACGUGAUGACCCUUGGUGAGGACCAAACUGCAUUGGGUUCCCUGACAUUUAGCAAUUCUACAUCAUUUGCUGAGAAUCUAACAGUAACUGGUCAGGUCAAUGGAAUAGAUCUAUCUACUGAUGUGGUAACUACACAUCUCAAUCAUAGCAUCAAUGGCCAAAAAACUAUCAGUCAAGAUUUCAGGCUGAAAAACGAUGCAGUUGUUGAACUGGAGAAGAUGGUAGAUACAGUUGAUCUCUCAUCAUUUAAAUCACUUGCGAUUUAUGUGACACAAGAUGGAAGUAUAACAGGGGCCACAACAUUUGACGGUUUGGUCAACAUUGAGGGCCAGUUGCUGACUGAUCUUGUAGAUGGAAGCAAUGUAACCAAGAUGGAUGCUGCUGCAGUACUCAGAUAUAGCACACAAACCAUUUAUGGUGGGAAAGUAUUUGAAGGUAACUUUGUGUCAUUGAGUGAUCUGAUUGUGAAUGGCAGUCUCAAUUCAGCUCCUGUCUCUGAGUUUGUUCUUAUAAACCAGCCUGGUCAGAACAUCAACACUUCCAUUCAUUUUGCUAAUCAUCUCUUUGUGAAUGGGGACAUUGUCAUCCUAAAUCUCCUGAAUGGAAUGAAUAUAUCUCAGGAUGUUGUUUUGACUGCAGGAUCUCAGGUUAUAAAAGGUAGUGUCAGCUUUACUCAAGAGAUUCAUGUGCUGGGAGAUAUAGACAUGAUAGAAAAUGCUACUUUAGCUGGAGUAGAUAUCAGUGAGUUACCAUCACAGACUGUCAGUACGUCUUCUCAAGUGCUUCAGAUAAUGACUGGACUCAAGGAGUUUACACAAUCUGUGGACGUGGAGGGUGAUGUUACUGUUGGUCAGUUUAUUAACUCUGUCAACCUGACGGAGGUACAGCAGCAGAUUCUAUCAUUAGCACUGCUUCAGGUUAUUGACCUUCCAGUAGAAAUCAGAGGCACACUGGUAAUCAGUGGCAACUUGAACCUUGUAAAUGACACCAUAGAUGGAUACCAGUUAUCAGAGGAUUUGAUCAAACUUGAUGAUGUUUCCAGCAUUGAAGGUAAUAAGAUCUUUGAGGAGUUUGUUUUAAUCAAUGGUGAUCUGGAGCUAGAUGUAGAUGUCAAUAUAAGUGGUGUAGAUUUGCUGGAGCUCAACCGAACAGUUAUCAAGCUGUUUGGUGUGCAGACCAUUGAUGGCAGUGUCGCAAUUAGAGAUGAUGUGACCAUGAAAGACAACUUAUACAUAGACAAAUUGCUGAAUGGUUUGGAUAUAUCUGUUGAUGUUGUCACCCUCACUGGCAACCAGAAUAUAACAGCAGAAAUAGAGUUUGAGUCGCUAACGGUAUUAAGUAACAUCCAAACAGUGAAUUUGAAUGUGUCAGAUGAAAUGAACUCGGUCAACAUUGAUGAGUUAUAUUCUUCAGCAGUCAUGAGUGUUGGAAGCGUGAACUCCAUCCUAUCAUCUAUAACGUUUGAUCAGCUGAUUGUGCACGCCCAGCUUGUGGUGAGCGACCUUAUUGAUCAGGUCAAUGUUCAGCACUUGGAGAAGUAUGUUGUGACCUUGUCCGGAGACCAAACCAUUUUGGGUUCUUUGGAGUUUUCAACUGGUGUGGAGUUCUCUCAGAAUCUUACUGUGAAUGGAAAUGUUUCUGGAAUUGACUUUGAUUUCUUCAUUACAUCAGUGGUUCUUAAAGACACAGAUGGGUUGAUAUUUGGACUCAAAACAUUUUCUGGGAAUAUGUCAGUUGAUGGAAAUGUACCAGUUGAUAAGUUCAUUAAUGGUGUCAAUCUUGGAGGUUUAAGCCAACUCUAUCUGUCUCGCACUUUGAAUCAGACGUUAUCCGGACUGAAAACUUUCUCAAGCAAUAUAUCUGUGGAUAAUGUGUAUCUUGCAGCCGGUGCAGAAGUGAAUGAUAUAAUCCCAUCUGCUGAUCUGGUAUUGAUUCAUUCAGGAGGAGAUGUUAUUGAUAGUCAGUUAUGGUUCAAAUCAUCUUUGGAGAUAAAAGGCGACGUCAAUAUUGCCAAAACUGUCAAUGAAAUCCAUUUGUUACAGUUGUAUAACUCUGUUGUCUGGCUUCAAAGUCCAGAGCAGACCAUUGCUGGCAAGUGGACACUUUAUAACGGCAUGCAUGUUGAUGGUAAUAUUACAAUGCAGGAAUAUAUGGAAGUCAAUGGAGUGGAUAUAUCUGAGUUGGCAGAUACAUUAGUGCAGUCUGGUCAUAAUCAGACAGUGGAAAUCCCUACUAUUUUUAAGGGUCCUGUUACGAUUGAUGGUAGCGUGGUUUGUCUUGGACUUAUUGGAGAUGUUGACUUACAGUUUAUACUGGAUGAUGCUGUCAUAUCAAAUCCAGCACAGACUAUUUCUGGCGAAAAAUAUUUGACUGGUGUCCAAAGUGCUGAGCAUCUUGAAGUAGAGUGUGAAUUGGUAUCAGAUGUUGUCCGAGGUUCAGAAACUUUGUCUCAUCUUCUGGUCAACACAGUGACGAUAUCCACAGAUCAAGACGUUGUAACAGAUGUCAGCUUCACAGAUGAUGUUGUGUUUCUGGAACAUGUCAUCGUUGAAGGCUCGACAGAUGGAAUUGAUUUAUCUUCUGAUGCUGUUUUGAAACACAGCGAUCAAGACCUGACUGCUGAGAACACAUUUACAAAUGGCUUUCAUGUUGAGGGCAAUUUAACAGCAACUGGGCUGAUUGACACUGUGAACGUGGCUGUUCUGGCAGCAAGUGUGGUUCUCACUGAUGUUUACCAAGUCAUUGAGGGAGCAUGGCAAUUCCAAAACAACAUCCUUGUCUAUGGUGACAUAACCUUACCAGGAACUGUGAAUGGCAUCGAUAUAAAUGAAACUGUAGUGACGUUGACUGGAGCGCAUGAGAUCACUAGUCCCAAGACCUUUACUAAUGAUGUCUACAUUGAAGGAGAUCUACUCGUAGCAACUGUCAAUCAUGUUAAUCUUGUUCUCUUUGAACAGGACAUUGUUCAUUUGCUUGGGAAUUAUACCAUUACUGCCGCUAAGAUAUUUUCUAGUGAAGUGAUGGUUCUCAAUGAUACAACUGUAUUAGGAUUAGUUGAUGGCAUAGAUGUUCAACAGAUGUACUAUUACCAUCAAACCAUUGCAUACCAGCUGUACUGGCAAAUAUCUUACCUUAAUGACACUUUGCGAGAAAUGUGCCAACCUAUUAACAGUCUCCAGUAUGCUGUCAUGAGGCAAGCAGUGCGUCUCAGCUUCUUUGAGGAGGAAACACAACUGAACAAAAACUCUCUAGCAACCUUCAAGUUUGACAGCAUUCACACAGAUGGUGGUCUACUGCUAGCAUUUACAGAGAGUAGUGAGGCAGAUGUAGACUUUUGUAUUGGCACAACAUUGUAUUUAUGUCCAGAUGAUGAAUAUAAGUGCUACCCGGUUUAUGAUGAACCACUCACUGCAGCAUCAAGUGCUGAACUGUUCGAGUUCAACGGUGAUAUCUUUAUUGCGUUGGCUGUUAGCGACCAGAGCACAUUCUGUACCGGCAUUUCAUCUACGGCUAAUAAAGUUCAAAUCUUGAAGAUGAGCAGUGAAUCUUAUGAAGUGCGGUUACCAGCUCAGCAUGCUGUGGAUACAGCCAUGUUUGUCAUCAAUGGAACUUUCUUUGUAGCUGUAGCCAACUUGUAUGAUCCAACGACAGGAAACAAGGACAUUUCGUCAGCUGUAUUUGAAUACAAUCCUGAGACAGGUAAUUUUAGUGAGUUGCAAUUGAUCUCCACCAUUGGAGCUGCAUCUGUUACUUACCUGGAACUUGGAGGCAACAGCUGGUUAGGAUUUGCAUGCAGUCAUGGAACAACCUCUUCACUGAUACUCAAAUGGAAUGCUGCUACUCAUCAGUUUGUCUUGGAAGCACCUAUAUUAACAGACACAGCUUCUGAUGUUUUGGGAAUCGUAGUCAAGGAAGCUCCUCUUAUGAUCUUUGCUAGUGAGAAAGUAUCAACCAGACAUGGUACAGUAGACUUAAACCAACCAAUAUCAGUGUAUGAAUACUCCACUACAUUGGAGUGGACAUUAAAACAAGACAUUGAUGCAGUUGGAAUUAUACAGUUGGAAGCAUUUCUAAUUGAUGAGAUUACUUACUUACUGGGUGUGAGCAGCGUUGGAUCCAUUGACAUCUUCAAAUGGUCUGGAGUGGGUCAAUUUGAGUUCUUUAAGUCUGUAUCACUUGAGGGUGUGGCCACUGUGCAUCCAUUUGUUCAUUGGGGAGAUCUACACAUGGCCGUUGCUAGACCAGCUUUUCACAGAAUUGUAACGGAGGAUACUAGAUCAUUUGUCAAGGCAAUAAUAAGAGGUCAAAACCAAAACACACUGUUGGAGACACUCUGAAGAUAUUGACAACUUAACCAUGGAAGAAUCAUAAUGCAUAUAAGCCCUUGUUUGAAAGAGACAACACUUGUUUCCCAGAUGUGCCCAACCACUUAAUGAGAGCGAGUACAUCACAGAACCUUGUUAACUCUUAUAAGGUGCUUCAAAAGUGGGACUCAUAAUUUAUAAACUUCAAAACCUAUCUUAAAAAGUGUUUACUUUUUCCAGUGCCUUUAGAUAACUCUAAAAAUAUAUAAGUCAAAAAAACACUAAUUAGUCAUAUGAGACAUGAUUUUGAUGUAAGUUAGUCAAAAUCAUGCCUCAUAUGACUAUAGUUUUGUUUUGACUAAUAUAUUUUUUAGUGUGAGGGGCUACAAAACUUCACUAUAAUGGUUGUGAUAAGGGAGUAAAAGAACGGCAUCGAUGUCUUAAAUGGCUUUUUAAAACUGACAUGUGAUUGACUCUUUUAUCACAUGAAUACGAACCUGCAAGGUUAUAUGCAGCCAUUUAAGACUGAGUCAAUACUAUUUUAUUCCCUCUUAUAAAUACCCUUUUUUGUUAAAAAGCAUAAACAAAAUGUAAUUGUAUGUGUAUUCUUCUUAAAUUUUUCAAUUCUUUUCGUUAGGUUGCACUACACCAAGGUUAAGUUGCCUCAGAUGCGCAAUGAUUGUGCGUAUAAGCCAAAUUAAUAGAUUUUACAUUUUGAAUCGUACGUAUUGAUUGAAAAAUGCAUUGUAGCACCUGCAAAAGCCUGUUGCCCAACAUGCAUAUAUAAAUGCUGAAUGCACUCUAGCUCACUGGUUCUAAAUGGCUCUGGCUAUGUCUUUAUAAGACAAUUAGUAAGAGAUCAAGAUGGUCAAGUGACCACCAUUUGAUGGGACUGCAUAAACGCUGGUGGGUAUUUAUGAUUGUUUAAUAUUAACCUGGCAGAUUGCUUUCUGUGGGGGCUAUUAACUACAAACUUUAUGUUGACUUUUCAGUAUCAUUUAAUGUUAAUAAACUAUUGAAGAUUAGAGUAAGUGACCUCUCAAACCCACAACCCAUCUCCCUAAAAGUCUUGUGAAGUCACAAACAAGUACUCCUAUAGGCUUUGUGCAAACCGAGAUAUUGAUCCUUUAAAGGCACUGGUCACUAUUGGCAAUUACUCAAAAUAAUUGUUAGCAUAAAAACUUACUUGGUACUGAG